AUGAUUAGUCAACAAUCUAUUUUGACGCUGGCAAUUUCCGUUGAUUUACUAGCUGCACUUUUAUUUCCGCUCUGGUAUCGAAUAUGCAGAACGGCUCCUUAUGUGACCGCAAUAUUUGCGUUAUGUUCAUUGUACUCAUUAUCCGCAUUGAUCUGGGGAUCAGCAACACAGGACGAUGAAGUGAUCCUCUUCUGUAAUCCUCCGUUAGCACUAUCACGAAGCCCAAGCAGAUAUUGGUCUAUUUCGGGUGUAUUUAUAAACUGUUUGGUUCUGCUUGUCUACACUAUAAUUAUUCUAUACGUAAAGUUCAGAGCAAAAUCCAGAAUAUGCAGGGAUAAUCGAAGAGUUAUUCGAAGACUGCGAGUCCUUGUUAUCAUUUUCGUCCUUUCAUGGUUCAUGUGCUCGCUUGGAAUCGACAUGGGUCAUGUGUUCAAUUUCAGAACAGAGGUGUUUUUCGCUCUGCUCUGCUACUCGCAGACGUUCUAUAUAUGUAUAUGGCGCUCAGCGGAGUACCGGGCAGCAUUCAAAGAGCAGCUGCUCAUUAUGAUUUGUAAGAUGGGGCAGAUCCAUCAGGAGCCUUCACAUUCAAAAUCGCAAGGAGCAGUUUUUCUCCAUGCCCCAGCGAACGAGAAGUACAACGAUAAAUAG